CAAAAGGAGGAAGGGGAGGAGAAGAAGCAGCAGGAGGAAGGGGAGAAGGAGGAUGAGGACUGGGAGGAGGAGGAGGAGCAGGAGGCCAAGGUGAGCCGGUCCCCUUGAUUCUGUACCAUGAGGUGACUCCCAAAUCUGUCCUGUUUUUUUAAUCACGGUCUCGCUCUACCGCCUUCCUAACUGCAGCCAUCUGUCUCCGCAUCCCCAAAUUAUGUCAACGAGCGGGUAGCAAUGAGCCAUGUCUACGGACACCCUACUCUGGAGAGACGGAGAUGAUGGAUAACUCCAACAUCUGUUGAGCUGGAGAGAAAGGGGGAUGGUUGGGAUUGACUCCCACGAUGCUGUCAGACAACUGUUGAACAACCCCAAAUCAUCAGGUCAUGCACCAUGGUCACAUGUUAUCUGUUAGUGAGCAUUUCUCCUUUACCAAGAUAAUUCAUCCACCUGACCGGUGUGGCAUAUCAAGAAGCUGAUUAAACAGCCCGGUCAUUACAUAGGUGCACCUUGUGCUGUGGACAAUAAAAGGCCACUCUAAAAUGUGCAGUUUUGUCACAGAUGUCUCAACUUUUGAGGGAGGAUAAAAUUGGCAUACUGACUGCGGGAAUGUCCCCAGAGCUGUCUCCAGACAAUUUAAUGUUCAUUUCUCUGCCCUAAGCCACCUCUAAUGUCGUUUUAGAGAAUUUGACAGUACUUCCAGCCGUCUAACACCAGCCAUCCGAACAGCUGAUGAAACUGUGGGUUUGCACAACCAAAGAAUUUCUGCACAAACUGUCAAAAACGGACUCAGGGAAGCUCAUCUGCAUGCUCGUCAUCAUACCCAGGGUCUUGACCUGACUGCAGUUCGGCGUCGUAACUGACUUCAGUAGGCAAAUGCUCACCUUCGAUGGCCACUGGCAUGCUGCAGAAGUGUGCUUUUCACAGAUGAAUACCGGUUUCAACUCUACCGGGCAGAUGGCAGACAGCGUGUAUGGCGUUGUGUGGGUGAGCGGUUUGCUGAUGUCAUAAUUGUGAACAGAGUGCCCCAUGGUGGCAGUGGGGUUAUGGUAUGGGCAGGCAUAAGCAGCGAACACAAUUGCAUUUUAUCGAUGGCAAGUUGAAUGCGAGAUUGGCGAGAUCCUGAGGACCAUUGUCGUACCAUUCAUCCGCUGCCAUCACCUCAUGUUUCAGCAUAAUAAUGCACGGCCCGAUUUCGCAAGGAUCUCUACACAAUUCCUGGAAGUUGAAAAUGGCCCAUUGCCCUUCCAUUGCCUGCAUACUCACCAGACAUGUCACCCAUUGAGCAUGUUUGGGAUGCUCUGGAUCGACAGAUGUUCCAGUUCCCUCCAAUGUCCAGCAACUUCGCACAGGCCACAAUCAAAAGCCUGAUAAACUCUAGAUGAAGGAGAUGUCGCGAUUCAUGAGGCAAAUGGUGAUCACAAGAUACUGACUGGUUUUCUGAUCCUUGGUAUUUAAGUUAUCUGUGACCAACAGAUGCAUUUCUGUAUUCCCAAUCAUGUGAAAUCCAUAUCACAACUUUCCAACCUUAGCGCAGACACUGAGGUAACACACUUCUAAUCCUAAUUCCUAACCCUAACCUUAAAUUAAGACCAAAAAGCACAUUUUUGUUUUCCUCAAUUUUUACAAUAGCCAAUUAUGACUUUGCAGAUGGCCCAUCUAGAGGAAAUCUCUCAGUUCUGCCCCAAGGACAAGACUCCUCCAAAUAAAUGCCAACCUGCUUAAGAGGCAUUAGAAGAAGACAAAAAUGUAUAUUACCAACUGAACUACAUCUAUUGCAGGAUAAAUCAAUGUUAGAGUUUACAUAGCUGGGCAUAAAUGGACGUUGCAUUUUACUUUAUGGAUUGGUUGUGUAGGCUUCUUCUAAUGACCCCUUGCUUUCUACUACAGAUAAUAAUACUAUUAGACUAUAUCUUUACUUAAAAAACAGUCUGUCAGAUUUCCAGUCCUUCCAAUUCAUUUCUUACAUGGAAAUAUGGAUUAGCAUAAGCCAAAAACUAAGGACUAAUUAGCCUAAUCUGUUGUUUUUAAUUAUUUUGUUGUCAUGGAAGACUGAUUGGGCUUGUCACGCCCUGGCCACAGAGAGGCUUUAAUUCUCUAUUUUGGUUAGGCCAGGUUGUGACGAGGCUGGGCAUUCUAGUUUCUUUAUUUCUAUGUUUUGGCCGGGUAUGGUUCUCAAUCAGAGACAGCUGUCUAUCAUUGUCUCUGAUUGGGAAUCAUACUUAGGCAGCCUUUUUCCCCACCUGUGUUUUGUGGGUAGUUGUUUUCUGUAUAGUGUAUGCACAUUACAGAACUGGGGCCUGUUGCACAAAAGUAGAAUUAAGACAUCCGGGAUAAAUGACUCAGCUGAGCUCAAUGAAGCCAAAACAUGUGCGUCCAGGCUUAAUUGGUUGCACAAAGACCAAGCCAGGAUGAGCAGACACGGAUUCAUUAAGCCAGGUGAAACCAAUCCUGGAUAGGUGCGCGCUCACGGCUCACUCAAAUAGACCCCGCCACAGAUCACAGAUUAACUGAUUUACCAUGGCAACUAGAGACCGCCUGAAUGCGUAAGUAGUGCACAAUUACACACUCACCGCUCCGCUGAAACAUCACAAUUACAAUUCAAAUAUUUAAUUCACAUCUCCAAAAAUGCAGUUGUACUGUAAUUAUGAAACGGUUAAAUUUUUUAUUGAAAUGCACUGCAGAUAUGAGUGAAAUUGUGUAAAGUAACUCCAUCACACUGUAUAAAGCUAUGAUACAUUUUUUGAUAUUUUUACUGAAAACAAGACAAAAAUACCAAGUAAUUUUUUGCAGUGUGACUCCAUUAAAUGUGUGUGUGUGUGUAGAUUAAACAUGAACGGGCCAAAACGGACAUGGCAGCAGGUCAAAAUCAAAUACAAGAACAUUCUGCAGAAUGCAGUGAAAAAGAAUACCCACAGACAAGGCACGGGUGGUGGGUCACCAAAGGCUGACCUUACCCCAGCAGAGGACAUGGCCUUGGAGCUAAAUAAAGGCAGGCCCGUCUUAGAGGGGAUCCCUGGGGGGGAAAGAGACGAGCAUAGGUUCCUCCCAAGAUGCCACCCGCUUCAUUCAAGUGCCUGGCAGCACUGUGUUCCUGUUAGAGCCACCAGCACAAGCACCAGACGAUGCUGAUCCAGGUGAAGGCCCCAGUGCAACAGCACAUGAUGGAGACGAUGAUGAGGAGGAGACCAUCUCUCUGGAUUCCAGAAGGCAUGAGGACCCAGAUGCUAUACAGUGGGAAAACCAGCCUGGCAACAUAGUGCGUAUUAAUAAAAGGACACCACAUCCUGCCAAAUUCCAGCUGCGCUAAUUGUAUUGUGUUCACAGAGCUCACAAGCUAUCAGAAAGUUGUAUGGCAACCACCUCCGGCGCCAAAUAGAACUGGCAGACAUAGACAUUCAGUACAAGAAGAAAAAGAUGGAAAAUCUUGCACUGGAGUCCGAAAUAAAAAAGAGGACAAUUAGGAAACUGGACCUUGAAAUAAAAAAACUUGAGAGGGAGCUCCAAGAAGAUGACACAGCUCAAAAUAAAAAUUAGGUAUAUUCUCGUAAAGUCAAGUGAGCCAUGACAUAUGAGCUCUUAUUGUGAGCACACAGGACGGUGGCAUCUUUCUAAGGUUUUUUUUAUUUUCCCAGCAAUCAGUACAACCAAGUCAUCGUUAUAAGGCAUCGCCCUCUUUUGCCCACCCCCAGCACCAGGUGUGGCCACUAGCCUAUAUGAAGGCCCAAAAUUGUGUGUUCCUUUCUGCUCUGACAAUGGCAUGCCCAUUCGUGCGAGAUGUGGUGGAUGAAGAAGCACUUGUGCUGAGGAGAGCCUUCAGGCGAGAAAGGGUCUUCAGGGACCGGUUGGACCCACUGGCCUUCCCUGAUGACCAUCUAUAUGAAAGAUACAGGUUUUCUGCAGAUGGCAUCAGGUAUCUAUGCAGACUACUGGGUCCCAGGAUUAAGCACCGCACUGCACGGAGCCAUGCACUGAGUGUGGAGCAAAUGGUUUGUGUGGCCUUGCGCUUUUUUGCUAGUGGAGCCUUCCUGUACUCAGUGGGGAUGCAGAACAGCUGAACAAGGCCACAAUUUGCCGCACAAUAAGGAGUGUGUGUCUGGCUAUCAAAGCAUUAGCAGAUGUCUUCAUCUCCUUCCCUGGCCACAGAAGACUCUGUGACAUCAAAGAGGAGUUCUAUAGGAUUGCAGAUGGUCUGCAAUGCUGACUGUGUGAUCAGCAAUGUUGUGGCAAAAUGGCCUGGCUCAGUCCAUGACUCCAGAAUCUUUCGGUCCUCUGAAAUCUAUCAGUGCCUAUCACAAGGUGAAUUCUCUGGUGUGUUGCUGGGAGACAGGGGGUAUGGCUGCCAGCCUUUUCUCCUGACACCUUUCACAGACCCCCAGGAAGCACAGCAGGCCUACAACCAUGCCCAUGCCAGGACCAGGGCCAGAGUUGAAAUGACCUUUGGCCUCCUGAAGGCACGCUUUCACUGCCUUCACAAAUUAAGGGUCAGCCCUGUUAGGGCAUGUGAUAUUACUGUGGCUUGUGCUGUCCUCCACAAUGUGGCCUGCCUGAGGAAGGAGAGGGCCCCCAGAGUGCCACCAGCCAUGGACUGGGACAAUCCGGCAAUCUUCCCUGAUGACGACAGUGGUCGGCUGCUGAGGGACCAAUAUGUGUUGAAUUAUUUUAGUUAGUAUGUGUGCUUUCAAUUUUGGUUAAAUAUGUCCUGCGGUGGCAGAGGAAUUUGGGUUUUUUGGGUUCGUUUUUUGACGAAUUUGGCCUCUUAUGGUGUUUGUGCGGUAUACUGUGUGUAAUACAAGGCUGCAGGGAGGCUACUGCAUCCAUUCAUUUGUCUGUUCAGUUGAUGUGUAUGGAUUUGUCCUGCAUUUAUUUUAGUGUGCAGACAUGCAGGGUGUGUUAUAUACAGACCUUUGAAUGUGUAUGUAUCAUUUUGUAUAAUAUGCUUGGAUUCUGUGCUUUCCAUCUUGUAGAGUCACUGUGACUUCAGUUUCGAAAGGAGCUGAUGGUUUACCUGCUUUGUUUUGUCCUUAUUCAAUAAAGGAACAUAAUGUUACACAUUGUGUUUUUAUAUUCA